AUGGCGUUAUUGGGCAUCUCUCUUAUACUCGCCUCUGUCGUUCUUUUCUGCAUGCGUAGACCGGUCUGGCUCCCGGCCAUUUUUGGGGGCGCCCCGCGUCCCCCAAUAGAGCCGCCGUCUCCGGCGAGAUCCGAGUGCGAGUCUGCCGAUCGCGCCUCGGACGCUGAUGCGAUCACGAGAGACGGAUCCGAUCAUGAUUCUAGACGUGCCGAUGGAGAGAAGCCAAACCACAGUCCGAUAUUUUCCCCACCGAUAGUGCAACACCCGGCCCCAGAAUCCGACCAAGGCGGUCGCUCCUCCGAAGAUGGUGAGCAGACCACGCCCAAGGCCUCCGCAGCAACCCCCGACAACCCCGUCCCGGCAUUAGCCCUCUCCGUCCCCGAACCGGCCCCCGCUGCCUUUCAGCCGAAUGGCGCAGACCGUGGGCCUUCGACUGCACCGACGGCAGCGUCGACCCUAAUGCCUCCUCCCCCGCGCCCACCAACCCUCCGCCCUUCACCCCGGGACAACCUCUCACCGUCCCUCGCGCCUCCGCGAGCCCGCAACCUGCCCCUCCCCGCGCGCGGACCGGGCUGCUCGACCCUCGCCCCGCCGCCCACCCACAGCUCCGUGCCCGCCAAGCCUUCGCGUGCCGUCGUCCUGUCGCCGGGCCACUCCCCGCUCGACUGGGCGCGUCUCUCGGGCCACCCGACGGCCGACCUGCGCGGCCUCCCGCCGGGCACCCCGUACCUUCGCGUGACGCCGAGCAUGCUCAAGAAGAUGACGGGGCGGAAGGGCAAGGACGCGUGGAUCGUCCUGGGCGGGCGCGUCUACAACAUAACGCCGUACCUGCCGUUCCACCCCGGGGGCGAGCCCGAGCUGCUGCGAGGUGCGGGCAGAGACGGGACGCGAUUAUUUGGGGAGAUCCACCCAUGGGUGAAUUACGAAGGGAUGCUGGCGGCUUGUUUGGUGGGGAUUUACGUUCCAGAGGAGGAAGGCGGCGAUGUAGGUACGGCAGCGGCCGGGGGCGGUGCAAGGGAUAUGGAGGCUAUGGAUUGA